AGCGACGAUGUCGACAGCCAUUUGGGCUCGGAGACUCGAGGUUGCGAUGCCCCGCGGCGCCCCUGCUGCGGCCGCGGGCGCGCCAUGGCGGCGCCCCUCGCCGGGCUGGCGCCCAGCCGGAAGCGGACGCUGUGCCAGUUCUGGUUGGGGGGCGGCUGCGAGAGAGGCCGGUUCUGCGGCUUUGCGCACGGGGCGGACGAACUCGGCGCGGAGGUCCCUCAUAGCGGCAAGGUGAAGCGCACUCUCUGCCAGUUCUUCGAGGCCGGCGCCUGCGAGAAGGGGGAGCUGUGUGGCUUCGCGCACGGCGAGGCGGAGCUGGGCCAGCCGCUCGCUGACCUCGCCGAGGCCACGAUCAAGCGCACCAUCUGCAAGUUCCACUUGGAGGGCACGUGCGAGAAGGGCGUCAAUUGCACCUUUGCCCACUCCGAUGCGGAGCUCGGCACGGUGGCGGGGCCACCCGUGGAGAUCAAGCGCACACUGUGCAGGUUCUUCCUGGAGGGCACCUGUGGCCGGGGCCCCCUGUGCGGCUUCGCGCAUUCGGAGGAGGAGCUCGGGCAGGCGGCGCCGCUGUACCCCGCUGGCGCGGCGCUGGGCGCUGGCCUCGCCCGCGGCGAGGCCCCAGCGGUGCCGCUGGCGCUCGCGGCCCCGGCGCAGGUGAAGCGCACGAUGUGCAGGUUCUUCGAGCAGGGCGGCUGCUCCAGGGGCAGCCAGUGCGGCUUCGCGCACAGCCCCGAGGAGCUGGGCCAACCGGUCCCGGCCGCCGCGGCCGUGGCGCAGGACGCAGGCCGGAGCAUCCCCAGCGCCCCCGCGGGUCAGCCGCCGCAGAGGGAACUGGCCCUGGGCAGCGGCGCGACGUGCAAGUUCUUUCUGCAGGUCGGGGGGCGUCGGCGGGCCACCUCGCCGAUCCGGGCCAGGCCCAUCCUGGUCCCCUGGGGUCGGUGCAUGCGCCGUCCUGGCCUGGCCAGGGAGGCACACACUUUCUCUUCCUCGGCGACCGCGCGCUUGCGCGGCGACGUGGUGGUAAGGCCCAGCGGGCAGGCGGGUGGCAGCAAGCUUCAGGGGCACGCACACACUCACUUCUGGCGAC